AUGUCAGAACUGUCUAGUGAAUGCUACAUCACUCCUAGUUUUUCGAAAUCUUUGGGAGCUACUAAGGAUUUUAUUACAUAUUAUAUUGAUGAUGAAGGAAACAAUAUUUUGCACUUGGCUGGGAAAUUAGCACCUCCAAGCAGACUCAACACUAUAUCAGCUGGGCCAGCUCUUCAAAUGCAGAGAGAGCUACUGUGGUUUAAGGUUAUAAAUUCACAUGGUAACAGCUCCCCUUCCCUUCGGAGAGAAGAGGAACACUUCAUAGCAUCAUGCUUUACAGGAGGUGAAGAAGAUUGUACGGCCUUCCUAUGUUCAUAUGAAAACAAAGAAGGCAAAACACCAUGGGAGUUGUUUACGGUGGAGCAUGAGAAUUUACGGAGAGCUGGUGAGAAGCGGAUGAAGGACAGAGCAACUUCUUGUAUGGUUUGUGGUAACUUUAAUUGCCACAAUUGCAUUUGCUGCCGCCUUUACCUAUCUAGAGGAAAUAAAGAAGAAACAUGCGCUCCAAUAUUCUUGAUAGAUGGGUGGUUCACAAUUUUUGUUAUAUCUGAUGAUGUGGCAAUGUUUAGCUCGACAGCUUCCAUAAUGAUGUUCUUGUCUAUCUUAAUUUCACGAUAUGGAGAAGAUGAUUUUCUAUUUUCAUUACCAGCAAAGCUGAUGGUUGGACUAAUUGCACUCUUUGCUUCAAUUGUUUGCACGGUCUUAACAUUUAGUACAACCUUCUUUUUGGUCUACAAGGAAGAAAAACAAGGGAUAUUAUCGAAAUUUGUUGCUAUUCUUGCUAUGCUUCCAAUCACUUUAUAUGCAGUGCUAAAUUGUAGGUUAUGGAUUUCCCUAAUCGACUCAACAUGCUGGGCAUCAAGGUUUAUGUUUCGACUUGGUAAGCACAGGCUUUUUGAUGGAGAUCAAGACAUAGAUUAA